AUGAACUGUGUGGCAAAGAGUGACUUCAAAUCAUGUUCUGGUUCAGAAACCUUCUGGAGAAGGGACUGUCAAGCUAUUGAGCUCGUCAAGGCUGAGCCUGGGAAGAAGGUGUCCAAAAACGAGCCGCCUCCACCCUGGCCACAGCCACCAGGCAUAUUCUCUGAAGGCAAGCACUUCCAUCCAUGCGCCUUCCUCAAAACUGUCAAGCAAAUCUAUGAGCAAGUGUUCCUACGGCCUUCUGGUGAAAGCCCUGCCCUCGAACAGGAGGCAUUUGCGACCAUGCUGCUGGACCGAUCAACGACACUCGAAUCAAGGACUGUGUUGUUUAAGUUGUAUGAGGAGCUCGAGAUUGAUGGAACGACACUGGAUGCACUGCUCACUGUGCACAAUGGUGUCAAGCACCUUCGCGUCGAGUAUCCCCAGGAGCACUGGGCCACCUCGUAG